UUUUUAGAUCUUUUUCUUAACGUUUAUUUGGUCGUCGUCCGAGUUGAGGUAGCAUCGUCGGAAGUUUGCUACGAUGGCCGAUACCGAUAAACUCAACUUGGACAAUAUCAUCGCAAGAUUAUUGGAAGUACGAGGAUCCAAACCUGGCAAGAAUGUACAACUAACGGAGAAUGAAAUCAAGGGAUUGUGUAUAAAAUCACGCGAAAUUUUCCUCAGUCAACCGAUACUGCUCGAAUUGGAAGCGCCUUUGAAAAUAUGUGGUGACGUACAUGGCCAAUAUUACGAUUUACUGAGGUUGUUCGAGUAUGGUGGCUUUCCACCGGAGUCUAAUUACUUAUUCUUGGGAGAUUAUGUCGAUCGAGGAAAGCAGUCUCUUGAGACUAUAUGUCUUUUGCUAGCCUACAAGAUAAAGUACCCGGAAAACUUCUUCCUUCUACGAGGAAACCACGAAUGCGCUUCUAUAAAUAGGAUAUAUGGUUUCUACGAUGAAUGCAAACGUCGAUAUAAUAUCAAACUAUGGAAGACAUUCACGGAUUGUUUCAACUGUCUACCUGUAGCAGCCAUAAUAGAUGAAAAAAUUUUCUGUUGUCACGGUGGACUUUCUCCUGAUCUGCAGUCUAUGGAACAGAUUCGCCGCAUCAUGCGCCCCACUGACGUACCCGAUCAAGGCCUACUCUGCGAUUUGUUGUGGUCCGAUCCCGAUAAGGAUGUCACUGGAUGGGGUGAAAAUGAUCGCGGUGUUUCAUUCACGUUCGGCCCAGAAGUAGUUGCCAAGUUCCUCCAUAAGCACGAUCUCGAUCUCAUUUGUAGAGCGCAUCAGGUUGUGGAGGAUGGAUAUGAAUUCUUUGCCAAACGCCAACUAGUCACGCUUUUCUCAGCACCCAACUACUGUGGUGAAUUUGAUAAUGCCGGAUCAAUGAUGACUGUCGAUGAAACGCUGAUGUGCUCUUUCCAGAUUUUGAAACCCGCUGAAAAGAAGAAGUUUCCUUCUUUCGCUAACUUCACCACGAUAACACCAAUCGUCCGUCCUAAGCAAGCCACUACCAGGCUAGAGAACUCUUCCCACAAGUGA